GAUUUUGGUAUUGCAAAAAAAGAGGCAGAUAUAAGUUCCUAUGCUGGUUAUGUGGGAUCUGCAUUCAUGUUUGGCAGAGGAUUGACAUCUGUACCAUGGGGAAUGGUGGCUGAUCAAUAUGGUCGAAAGCCUGUUGCAGUUUUGGGAAUAAUUGCAGUCGUUGUGUUCAACACUCUAUUUGGCCUUAGCACAAGUUUUUGGAUGGCUGUCACCACAAGAUUUCUUCUUGGAGGCUUAAAUGGAUUGCUUGGACCAAUGAAGGCUUAUGCUGUUGAAAUUGUUCGAGAAGAAUACCAAGCUAUAGGACUCUCAACUGUCAGUGCAGCUUGGGGCAUUGGUUUAGUCGUUGGCCCAGCAUUGGGAGGCUAUUUGGCUCAGCCAGUGGAGAAAUAUCCACAUAUAUUCUCUAAAGGUUCAUUUUUUGAUAAGUUUCCAUACUCCUUGCCCAGCUUAAUAAUAUCAGUCUUCGCACUUCUUGUGUUAGUUUCCUGCAUCUGGCUCCCGGAAACAUUGCACAAGCACAAUGAUAGCAACGAGUCCUAUCAGGAUACAGAAGCUUGUAACGUAAACAUAGGAAAGAGAGUUCAGAAAGAUGAAAACAUCUUACUGAAUUGGCCCCUGAUGUCAUCCAUUAUUGUUUAUUGUGUUGUCGCCCUACAUAAUAUUGCUUAUCAAGAGGUUUUCUCAUUAUGGGCCGUCAGUCCUCUAAGGUUGGGGGGUUUGAACUUUACAACCAAUGAUGUCGGUAAUGUUCUUUCAAUAUCAGGUCUUGUUCUUUUGAUGUACCAACUUUUCCUUUUUCCUGUGGUGGAGAAAGCUUGUGGACCUAUUACACUUUCUCGCAUUUCGGGGGCUAUAACCAUACCUCUCUUGCAAAGUUACCCUUUCAUAGCAUUGCUAUCUGGCUUCACACUUCAUCUAUUGAUAACUAGUGCUUCCGUCCUCAAGUAUUGUCUCUCUCAAACCAUUAUUACUGGAUUAAUGCUUCUGCAAAACAAAGCAGUGGAACAACAUCAAAGAGGAGCAGCUAAUGGUAUUGCUAUGACUGCUAUGUCAAUAUUCAAAGCAGUUGGUCCUGCUGGAGGUGGUGCAAUAUUAGCUUGGUCCCAGAAGCGGCUAAAUGCUUCCUUUCUCCCAGGUUCUCACUUGGUGUUCUUCAUCCUGAACCUAGUAGAAGCAGUAGGACUGCUGAUGAUGUUCAAACCUUUCCUGGCUGAGAAAGAGACAACGCCAUCAAAACAGUUACAGUGAUGUCAGUAAUAACAUACGUUUCUGCUGAAGCCUUGAGCGAUGAAUGAAUGGAGCAACAUUCAUUAUAUUUGAGAUAUUUUUGUGAAGAUGAUGAUGAUGCUUUGGCUGGUUGAUGCCAGAGCAAGAUAUAAGUAAGAAAACAAACAUAACUUUGUCUUUCUCAGUCAAAAUAAGGCUUUAUUCAUACCUUCACAGACGUCUCUCCCAGAAACAAAGAACAAGAAAACUAACUAGAAAAAAAAGAAAGUGGAAGGAGCAGGAAAAUUAGAUUCUUCACCUGGGUCCUUGUGUUACAAAAAUAGCAUUAUGAGUUGUUAGGAAUUUAGCAAGUAAUUCAAGGUGUUUAACAAGUCAUGUUGAGCAUUUAAGGAAUUAAACAAAUCAUUUUAAGCAGCGAUUCACAUUUGUUUUUUCA